CCUCCCGGCCUUUGUUCGCUGCGUGGGCGAGGGCGGCCCCGAGCAUUUGGGUUGGAGCAAGUGAAUAAGAUUCCCCAGCAAAUUGAACAGCACAGACCUGCAAGAUGUCGGGCCGAAGCGGGAAGAAGAAAAUGUCCAAACUCUCGCGCUCGAGCAGGGCCGGUGUCAUCUUCCCAGUGGGAAGAAUGAUGCGUUACCUCAAGAAAGGGACCUACAAGUACCGGAUAGGCGUCGGAGCCCCAGUGUACAUGGCRGCCGUCAUAGAAUACCUAGCAGCUGAAAUUCUGGAGCUAGCAGGAAACGCAGCAAGAGACAACAAGAAAGGAAGAAUCGCCCCCAGACACAUCCUCCUGGCAGUUGCAAACGAUGAGGAGCUGAACCAGUUGCUAAAAGGGGUGACCAUCGCCAGCGGCGGGGUCCUGCCCAGGAUCCAGCCCGAGCUCCUCGCCAAGAAGCGCGGCGCCAAAGGCAAAUCCGAGACCAUCCUCUCCCCGGCUCCCGAGAAGAAAGGCAGGAAAUCCCUGGUGAGCAAAAAGAGCGGGAAGAAAGCAAAGUCUGCCAAGGCCAGGACGCCCAAAAAGAGCAAACAAAAGGACACCGAGAAAGAAGGAGCUUCAAAUUCGACAUCUGAAGACGGACCUGGGGAUGGUUUCACUAUUUUGUCCUCCAAAAGCCUCGUGCCAGGACAAAAGCUUUCCCUGACCCAGAGCGACAUCAGCCAUAUUGGCUCCAUGAAAGUAGAAGGAAUUGUCCACCCAACCACUGCCGAAAUAGACCUCAAGGAGGAAAUCGGCAAGGCUUUGGAAAAGGCCGGCGGAAAAGAGUUUCUAGAAACGGUGAAAGAGCUUCGCAAGUCUCAAGGACCUUUGGAAGUUGCUGAAGCCGCGCUCACCCAGUCCAGCGGCCUGGCGGCCAAGUUUGUCAUCCACUGCCACAUGCCGCAGUGGGGCUCCGACAAGUGCGAGGAGCAGCUCGAGGAGACCGUCAAGAACUGCCUGGCGGCGGCCGAGGACAAGAAGCUCAAGUCGGUGGCGUUCCCCCCUUUCCCCAGCGGCAGAAACUGCUUCCCGAAGCAGACGGCAGCCCAGGCGACUCUCCGCGCCAUUUCCACCCACUUCGACGGCAGCACCUCCUCCUCCUUGAAGAACAUCUACUUCUUGCUCUUCGACAGCGAAAGCAUCGGCGUCUACGUGCAAGAAAUGGCCAAGCUCGACGCCAAGUAGCCGCGGCCGCCCGACGAAACUUUUAUUUUUCAGCACAAAACUUGAGUAGCGUCGCGAGCGGGAGGGGCGGCGUGGGGGGGGAUGUUUAUUUUUGCAGUGUGGGGAGGAAGGGGAGAGCUCGUAGUGUGAAGUGUCGUGACUCCGUGGAGAGCUGUUCCUAGCGCCGAGAGCGCUCCCGGCCCGGCCCGUCGCGCUGUCCGCGUCCUCCGCCCGCCCCGAGCGCCGGCGUUGCCAGCUCUUCCCGGGAGUUUUAGUGCCCCCUUGUUAUUUUAGUUUAGGAGUUUUCGAGAGUAAGCGCGUUUUAGAUUUGUAGCCAUGGAUUUUACACACGUGCCCACGCAUCCACGUAAAAGAAAGCUCUUAAAAAUGUUCUCCUCCCUUUUCCCCUGCCGUGAGGGUGGACGGUGAAGCCUCCAACCCGGGCUGGGGGCAAAAGGAUUUUAGAAGGGACGCAUGGGGAGCUUCUGUUUUACUUCCAACUCUCCAUAACCUCUGUAAUCCCUGAGACUAUUUCAUGGUGAUUUUUUUU